AUGUCCAACGGCGCUGCAGGAAGCGGGGGUUUGACUUGGGUGACCCUCUUCGACAAGAACAAUGCCGCCAAGAAGGAGGAGGCGAACGGGAGAGGGGAUGGGGGGAAGAGCGACGGUCCGAAAAAAGAGAGCUCGAAGAAGAUGUCGGUAGAGCGCGUGUAUCAGAAAAAAACUCAGCUAGAACACAUCCUGCUCCGUCCAGACACCUACAUUGGCUCCGUGGAGCCCGUCACUCAGCAAAUGUGGGUUUUCGAUGAAGAGAUCGGAAUGAAUCUGAGAGAGAUCACCUACGUUCCCGGUUUAUAUAAAAUCUUUGAUGAAAUUUUAGUGAACGCAGCAGAUAACAAACAGAGGGACAAGAACAUGUCCACCAUCAAAAUCACCAUCGACCCAGAAUCCAAUACAAUUUCCGUGUGGAACAAUGGGAAAGGCAUUCCCGUGGUGGAACACAAGGACGAGAAGAUGUACGUUCCCGCUCUGAUCUUCGGACACCUGCUCACGUCCAGUAACUAUGACGACGAUGAGAAAAAAGUCACAGGUGGAAGGAACGGAUAUGGAGCUAAACUCUGUAACAUAUUCAGCACCAAGUUCACUGUGGAAACAGCAUGUAAAGAAUACAAACACAGCUUCAAACAGACGUGGCAGAACAACAUGACGAAGACGAGCGACCCCAGAAUCAAAUUCUUCGACGGCGACGACUUCACCUGCGUGACGUUCCAGCCCGACCUGGCCAAGUUCAAGAUGGAGAAACUGGACAAGGACAUCGUGGCUCUGCUCACGCGCAGGGCGUAUGACGUGGCCGGGUCCUGCAGGGGCGUCAAGGUCCUCCUCAACGGAAAGAAACUGCCCGUGAAUGGUUUCCGUAGCUACGUGGACCUGUACGUGAAGGACAAGCUUGACGAGACGGGCGUGGCCCUGAAGGUGGUGAACGAGACGGUGAACGACCGCUGGGAGGUGUGUCUCACCCUCAGCGAGAAGGGCUUCCAGCAAAUCAGCUUCGUCAACAGCAUCGCCACCACCAAGGGCGGGCGGCACAUUGACUACGUCGUGGACCAAAUCGUGGCGAAGCUCAUCGAGGUGGUGAAGAAGAAGAACAAAGCCGGGGUCUCCGUCAAACCCUUCCAGGUGAAGAACCACAUCUGGGUGUUUGUGAACGCACUGAUCGAGAACCCAACGUUCGACUCCCAGACCAAGGAGAACAUGACCCUACAGACCAAAAGCUUCGGCUCCAAAUGCCCCCUCUCCGAAAAAUUCAUCCGCGCGGCCACGAACUGCGGCAUCGUGGAGAGUAUCCUCAACUGGGUCAAGUUUAAGGCCCAGACGCAGCUCAAUAAGAAAUGUUCUUCGGUCAAGUACAGCAAGAUCAAAGGCAUCCCCAAACUGGACGACGCCAACGAUGCCGGCGGGAAGCACUCGUCAGAAUGCACACUGAUCCUGACUGAGGGAGACUCGGCCAAAUCCUUGGCUGUAUCCGGACUCGGGGUGAUCGGACGAGAUCGCUACGGCGUGUUUCCUCUAAGAGGAAAGAUCCUCAACGUGAGAGAGGCCACGCACAAACAGAUCAUGGAGAAUGCAGAAAUCAACAACAUCAUUAAAAUCGUGGGGCUGCAGUAUAAGAAGAGCUACGAUGACCCGGAGUCCCUGAGGACCCUCCGCUACGGCAAGAUCAUGAUCAUGACUGAUCAGGAUCAAGAUGGCUCCCACAUCAAGGGUCUGCUGAUCAACUUCUUCCACCACAACUGGCCAUCUCUGCUCAAGCACACUUUCCUGGAGGAAUUCAUCACGCCCAUCGUCAAAGCUAGCAAAAACAAACAAGAGUUAUCCUUCUACAGCAUCCCAGAGUUUGAGGAGUGGAAGAAACAGACAGAAAACCACAAAACAUGGCAUAUAAAGUACUACAAAGGUUUGGGUACCAGCACGAGCAAAGAAGCGAAGGAAUACUUUGCUGACAUGGAGAGACAUCGCAUCAUGUUUAAAUACUCCGGCUCCGAAGACGAUGCUGCUAUCACACUGGCGUUCAGUAAGAAGAAGACUGAUGACAGGAAAGAGUGGCUGACCAACUUUAUGGAGGACAGACGCCAGAGGAGGCUCCAUGGCCUGCCUGAGCAAUACCUGUACGGCACAACGACCAGAUAUUUGUCCUACAACGACUUCAUCAACAAAGAGCUCAUUCUCUUUUCAAACUCCGACAACGAAAGAUCCAUCCCUUCCCUCGUAGACGGACUGAAGCCAGGCCAGAGGAAAGUGUUGUUUACCUGUAUGAAGAGGAAUGAUAAGAGAGAGGUGAAGGUAGCCCAGCUGGCUGGAUCAGUGGCUGAGAUGUCUGCCUACCAUCACGGCGAGCAAGCUCUGAUGAUGACCAUUGUGAACUUGGCCCAGAACUUUGUGGGUAGCAACAACAUUAACAUCUUACAGCCGCUGGGUCAGUUUGGUACACGCAUCAACGGAGGCAAAGAUGCUGCCAGUCCCCGUUACAUCUUCACCAUGCUCAGUCCUCUGGCCAAACUGCUGUUUCCCGCCGUGGACUCCAGCCUGCUCAAGUUCCUGUACGACGACAACCAGAAGGUGGAGCCAGAGUGGUACAUCCCCAUUAUCCCCAUGGUACUGGUGAACGGCGCCGAGGGCAUCGGGACAGGCUGGGCCUGUAAGAUCCCCAAUUACGACCCGCGAGAGAUCGUGAACAACAUCAACCGAAUGCUCAACCACCAGGAUCCGCUGCCCAUGCUGCCCAGCUAUAAGAACUUCAAAGGCAUCAUCCAUGAACUGGGACAGAACCAGUAUCUGGUCUCUGGAGAGGUUUCAGUACUGGACAAGAACACCAUCGAGAUUACUGAACUCCCUGUUCGCACCUGGACACAGGCGUAUAAGGAGUCGGUGUUGGAGCCAAUGCUACAGGGAACAGAGAAAACUCCGUCUCUGAUCACUGACUAUAAGGAGUACCACACGGACGCCACUGUGAAGUUUGUGGUGAGGAUGACGGAGGAGAAGCUGGCCCAGGCUGAGGCUGCCGGCCUUCACAAAGUCUUCAAACUGCAGUCCACGCUCACCUGCAACUCCAUGGUACUGUUUGACCACAUGGGCUGCCUUAAGCGGUACGAGUCGGUUCAGGAGAUUCUGAAGGAGUUCUUCGAGCUCAGACUACACUAUUACAAACUCAGAAAGGAUUGGCUGCUGGGAAGCUUUGGGGCGGAGUCAGCAAAACUGUCCAAUCAGGCGCGCUUCGUGCUGGAGAAGAUCGAGGGAAAGAUUUCCAUCGAAAACAAGUCAAAGAGGGAUUUGAUCAGAAUGCUGGUCCAGAGGGGCUAUGAGUCGGACCCCGUCGCCGCCUGGAACAAAGCGCAGGAAAAGUCAUUGGAGGAGGAAGAUCGAGAAGGCAGCGACAGCGACAGCUCGGUGGACUCGGGUUCAUCGUCGGGACCGAAUUUUAACUACAUCCUCAACAUGCCACUGUGGUGCCUGACCAAGGAGAAGGUGGACGAACUGCUUAAACAGAGGGACCAAAAGAAAAGCGAGUUACAUAACCUUCAGAGGAAGUCUCCAGAAGAUCUGUGGAAAGAAGAUCUUGCAGUCUUCAUCGAGGAACUAGACCGUGUUGAGGAGCAGGAGAGGGAGAACGCCAGUGUGGGCAAAGCCACUAAACUGGUGAAGGGCAAAGUGGGCAAACCCAAAGUGAAGAAGAUGCAGCUGGAGGAGACACUGCCCUCCCCAUACGGCCGUAGGAUCGUACCCCAGGUCACGCAGGCCAUGAGAGCAGACGCCUCCAAAAAACUCACAAAGAGGAAGAAGGGUGACUCUGACAUAGCUGUGAAGAUGGAGUUUGAUGAGGACAGUGCUCUGGGCUCGAACGGAGGAACAGCGGAGAACUCUCUUAUCUCUCCAUCUGGUCUGCCCAACCCCGGAGCAGCCAAACCCAAAGCCCCCCGCGUCAAAAAAGAGAAGAAGGAACCAGGUGCUCCCAGAGUGCGGAAACCUGCUGGACCUAAAGGCUCUGGUAAGAAAGUGAAGAAGAGGAACCCUUGGUCAGACGACGAAUCGAAUAAGUCAGACAGCGACCUGGACGAGAACGAACCUGUCAUUCCACGUGACACCAAGUCCCAGCGGGCCUCAGCUGCCAAGGCCAAGUACACAUUUGACUUCUCUGAAGAAGAGGAUGGAGAAGAAGAGCAGGAGGAAGACGUGGCCUCCUCACCGGUCCACUCUUACAAAGACAGUGACCCCGCCCCACAGAGCAAAGGACAGUACGACAACAACGAAGAUGACGAUGAAGAUGACGACGAGGACAUCUACCCCCCGAAACAGUCUUACUCUGUGUCGACCACACCAGCAAAGAAGAAGGAGUCCGAGAAAAUAUUCUCAUCGUCCAAACCAGCAUACUCAGAGAAGAGCAGUGACAGUGAUGUGAAGUUUGACAGUGACGAAGAGGACAAUGGCCCGGCCUUUUCCUCAUACUCCACCAGCUUAGCAACCAACAAACCAGCGCCAGCCAAGAAAGCCAAAAAGCCGUCAGACGCAGCCCCGAAGCCCAAGAAAGCUCCAUCUAAAGCGAAGAAGCCCGAUACGUCCGUAUGGGACUCAGACUCCGACACCGGGGCCUCAAAGAAGCCCGCACCAGCACUCAAAGGUAAUAGAACAGAACCGGGCAAAGGCCGGGGGAGGAAGAGGAAGACGUCAGACUCAGAGGGAGAUGAUUACAGCCCGAUGAAGAAAACUGGAAAAGCCCCUACCAACAAGAAAUCAAAGAAACCUGCGUCCGAGGACGACGGCGACAACGAGGACCUCAACACAAACAGCUACAGUCGCUCGGACGCCGCGUCCAGAAACCGACCCGGCCGAGCAAAGAAGGACGUCAAGUACUUCGCCGAGUCCGAGGAAGAGGAAGAGGAGGAUGACAUGUUUGACUAGACUCCGUAACACACACGCACACACACACACACACACACACACGCACACACACACCGAACACAAACACACAGACACACAAAAACGCUUGAGGUUAAAAACUCCUGGUCUUUGUCCUGCGAACUUUUGUACAUUGGUUUCAC